GUAUUGGCAAGGACGCUGCCCAGUGGAUGGUUGAUAGUGGUAAAAUCAAAGGUGUUGGUUUGGAUGUUCGUUCUCUUGACCGUGGCCAAAGCAAAGACUUCUUCGCACAUCAAAUAUUAUUGAGUAACGAACUGUUUGGUCUGGAAAAUGUCAAAAAUAUCGAAAAACUUCCAGCCAGAGGUGCGAUCGUCUAUGUGUCACCAAUGAAGAUUAAAGGUGGUACUGGUGGACCAACUCGUAUUUUUGCUCAAACAGAUCCUGUGGCUAGAAGUUCUCAUCAAACAGCCAGUAUUGUGCUUCUGCUUUCGAUUGUCUUUGCAAUUUUCUUCAUGUAA